GUGAAUGUCGGCAAGAGAGAACGUGUCCCUGCCGCACCGCACACAGAACAGACACAGUCUCGACACAUAGAAUAAUGAAGACCUAACGCACACAACGACGGGAAAUAUACCACAUGUUUUCAUUGCUGGACAUUCUGGUCCCUCCGCUCGCUGUGGUGGUUUGCAUCUUGCACUGAGGAACAUUCAUUCGAGAAAAGAAAACUCUAGGAAGAGGCGAAAUUAGAGUGGGCAGACUGGAAAAGAAACGUAUCUGUAGACGGAUUAUUUCUCGUAUGCUGCUGUCAUUCUGGAUGUAACUCGCGACUAUUCUAAUAGCCUACAAUUGGAGAGACCGAGUUCAAAGACUACAUGCAAAUAUGAUGUUAAGGCUGUGAAUAUCCUGCAUCUGAGAAAUCAGACCACUGAGGCUGCCAAAGCAUGCUGGUGCCAAGCUGUCCCAUGAUGCACAUAGCCAGACCCGUGCUGCUCGUCCUGGGUCUUCUCCUCCUCCUCGCCAACGCCGAAACACCACCAAAGUUUUUAAGAACCCCCAAUGACCAAACAGGCGUGCAAGGAGGGGUGGCGUCCUUCAUUUGCCAAGCGACGGGAGACCCACGCCCCAAGAUCGUUUGGAACAAGAAGGGGAAGAAAGUCAGCAACCAGAGAUUUGAGGUGAUUGAGUUCGAUGACGGCUCUGGCUCGGUGUUGAGAAUUCAGCCCUUGCGUACGCCCCGAGACGAAGCCAUAUACGAGUGCGUCGCCUCCAACACUGUUGGAGAGCUGAGUGCAACUACGAGACUCACUGUUUUACGUGAGGACCAACUGCCUGCUGGUUUCCCCACCAUUGACAUGGGCCCCCAGUUGAAAGUGGUAGAGCGAACUCGCACGGCCACCAUGCUCUGUGCCGCCAGCGGCAACCCUGACCCAGACAUCUCCUGGUUCAAAGAUUUCCUGCCCGUCAACACCACCAACAACAAUGGACGCAUCAAGCAGCUCAGAUCAGGGGCCCUCCAGAUUGAGCAGAGCGAAGAGUCCGACCAGGGGAAGUAUGAGUGCGUCGCCACUAACAACGAUGGAACCCGCUAUUCUGCCCCCGCCAAUCUAUAUGUUAGAGUGCGCCGGGUACCCCCGCGGUUCUCCAUCCCGCCCACGGACAACGAGAUCAUGCCUGGAGGCAGUGUCAACAUCACCUGUGUGGCGGUGGGCUCCCCUAUGCCCUACGUCAAAUGGAUGCUGGGUGCCGAAGACCUGACGCCCGAGGACGACAUGCCCAUUGGACGAAACGUUUUGGAGCUCACUGACGUCCGCCAGUCGAACAACUAUACCUGCGUGGCCAUGUCCACUCUGGGGGUCAUCGAGGCGGUAGCGCAGAUCACAGUGAAAGCAUUGCCCAAGCCUCCCGGCAUUCCCGUGGUGACGGAGCGCACGGCCACGAGCAUCACGCUGACCUGGGACUCAGGCAACCCUGAGCCUGUCUCCUACUACAUCAUCCAGCACAAGUCCAAGUUUUCAGAGGACACAUACAAGGAGAUCGACGGCGUGGCCACCACUCGCUACAGCGUGGGCGGCCUCAGUCCUUACUCGGACUAUGAGUUCCGGGUGCUGGCGGUGAACAACAUCGGGCGUGGGCCACCCAGCGAGGACAUCGAGGCCAAGACGGCUGAGCAAGCACCCAGCACGGCGCCCAGGCAGGUCAGGGGUCGUAUGCUCAGCUCCACCACGGCUAUUAUCCACUGGGACGAACCAGAGGAGGCCAACGGGCAAAUUAUGGGCUACCGUGUCUACUACACCAUGGACUCUGCGCAGCAAGUCAACACAUGGGAGAAGCAGAUAGUGCGUGGAUCAAACUUCCUCACCAUUCAGGGCCUCAUCCCCAACAAGACCUAUUACAUUAAGGUCCUGGCCUACACGUCUGUGGGUGAUGGACCUCUCUCUGCAGAUCUCCAGAUCAUAGCCAAGACGGGAGUCCCUUCUCAACCGACCGACUUCAAAGGGGAAGCCAAAUCUGAAACAAGCAUACUACUAUCGUGGAUAGCCCCAGCACAGACCGGACAAGACAAUCAAAUCAUGGGAUAUGAACUUCUGUACAAGAAGGGGGAUGACAAGGAGGAGAAACGCAUCAGCUUUGAGCCUACCACCACGUACCUUCUGAAGGACUUGAAGCCCUUCACUACUUAUACUUUCCAGCUAGCUGCGCGCAGUAAGCACGGUAUCGGGGCCUACACCAAUGAGAUCUCCGCAGAAACCCCUCAAACACAGCCCUCAGCUCCACCUCAGGAUAUCAAGUGUUCUAGCCCCAGCUCCACCAAUAUCCUGGUAAGUUGGCGGCCUCCUCCUACGGACUUACAGAAUGGGAUCAUAGUUAAGUAUGCCGUCCAAUACGCCGCCACUGAAGGGGAGGACACCACCACCCGAAAAAUAUCCGACAUCCCUCCAGAAAGCUCCCAGUACCUCUUGGAACACUUGGAAAAAUGGACGGAAUACCGUGUGACAGUGACUGCUCACACAGAUGUGGGUGAAGGACCUGAAAGCUUACCACAACUCAUCCGCACCGAGGAGGAUGUUCCCAGCGGCCCGCCUCGUAAAGUCGAGGUGGAGACUGUCAACUCUACGUCAAUAAAAGUAAUCUGGCGCUCGCCGAUGCCCACCAAGCAGCACGGGCAGAUCCGAGGGUACCAGGUGCACUAUGUCAGGAUGGUUAAUGGGGAGCCCAUGGGACAGCCAGCCAUCAAGGACAUCUUGAUUGACGAUGCGCAGUGGGAAUAUGAUGAUUCAACUGAACAUGAAAUGGUCAUCACAGAGCUGCAGGCUGAGACUAUGUACUCAGUUGCUGUGGCAGCCUACACGACAAAGGGAGACGGAGCUCGCAGCAAGGCCAAGCUGAUCACCACCACUGGCGCAGUACCUGAAAAACCACGACUCAUGGUCAGCCCCACCAAUAUGGGCACUGCCCUCCUCCAAUGGCACCCCCCGGCUUUAACCCACGGCCCCCUGCAGGGCUACCGCCUCCGCUUCGGCCGCAAAGAUGUCGACCCUCUGACCAUCAUUGAGUUCCCAGAGCGUGAGAACCACUACACCACCAAAGAGAUCCACAAGGGGGCAUCAUACACCUUCCGCCUGUCCACCCGUAACAAGGUGGGCUUCGGCGAGGAGACGGUCAAAGAAAUCAGCACACCUGAAGAUAUGCCUAGCGGCUUCCCACAAAGCAUUGUAGCCGAGGGCGGCACUACUACCACCAUUCAGGUGAGCUGGAAUCCACUGUUACUGGCGGAGCGCAACGGCGUUAUCGUGAAGUAUGCCCUGCAGUACAAGGACAUCAACAGCCCUCGGAGCCCCUCAGAACUCUUCAUCACCGCCCCGGAGUCCACCAUCACCCUUGACAGCCUCAAGGCAGACACCACUUACGAUAUCAAAAUGUGUGCCUUCACCAGCAAAGGCUCCGGCCCCUAUAGCCCCAGUGUCCAGUUCAGGACACAGCCCUUGGAUCAAGUGUUUGCAAAAAAUUUUCAUGUGAAAGCUGCCAUGAAGACAGCUGUGCUCCUCACCUGGGAGAUCCCAGACAACUAUAAUGCAGCUCAGCCCUUCACAAUCCUUUAUGAUGACGGCCAGAGCGUGGAGGUGGACGGCAAGCUCACUCAGAAGCUGAUCACGGGUCUGCAGCCCGAGACACAGUACUCCUUCCUGCUAACCAACCGGGGCAACAGCGCUGGCGGUCUCCAGCACCGCGUCUCCACCAUGACCGCCCCUGACAUCCUGCGCACCAAGCCCUACCUGAUUGGCAAGACCAACUUGGAUGGCAAAGUCACUGUAGAGCUACCCUCAGUCCAGACUUCAGAGAAAGUCAGGGGAUACUACAUAGUGGUGGUGCCUCUGAAGAAACAGCGCACAGGAAAGUUCCACAAACCCUGGGACAGUCCAGAUGAGAUGAACCUAGAAGAGCUGCUGAAAGAGAUUAACCGAACAAGCCGAGGCCUUCGCUUCCGGAGGCAAGCUGAGCCCAAAGCCUACAUUGCUGCCUACUUCAAAGACCUUCCCACCGACUUCACUCUGGGAGACACCAAGAUCUAUGGUGACUUUGAAAACAAGCAGCUCGCCAACGGCCAAGAGUACAUCUUCUUUGUGCUUGCUGUCCUCGAUAUCUCUGAAAAUACCAUGUAUGCCACAAGCCCCUACUCUGACCCUCUUGUGUCAGCUGACCUUGACCCCCAGCCAAUCAUUGACGAGGAGGAGGGACUUAUCUGGGUGGUGGGCCCAGUGCUCGCUGUUGUAUUCAUUAUCUGCAUCGUCAUCGCCAUCCUCCUGUACAAGAGCAGCAAACCAGACAGGAAAAGGGCAGAAUCCGAAGCUAGAAAGGGCAGUCUGCCCAACAGUAAAGAUAUGCUGUCUCAUAACCCCACCGACCCUGUGGAGCUUCGACGCAUGAACUUCCAAACGCCUGGUUCAGGUGACCCUAGUUACCCCAGUAACUUCCAUUUGUCAAGCAUGGCCAACCACCCACCAAUCCCCAUUUUGGACCUGGCCGAUCAUCUGGAGCGAUUGAAAGCCAACGACAACCUGAAGUUUUCACAAGAAUACGAGUCCAUCGACCCCGGGCAGCAGUUCACGUGGGAACACUCCAACCUGGAAGUCAACAAACCAAAGAACAGAUAUGCUAACGUGAUAGCAUACGACCACUCCAGAGUCCUGCUAUCAGCUAUUGACGGUAUCCCUGGAAGUGAUUACAUCAACUCCAACUACAUUGACGGCUACAGGAAGCAGAAUGCGUACAUCGCCACGCAGGGCUCGCUGCCUGAGACGUUUGGCGACUUCUGGAGGAUGAUCUGGGAACAGCGGAGUGCCAACAUCGUCAUGAUGACCAAGCUGGAGGAGAGAUCGAGGGUGAAAUGUGACCAGUACUGGCCCACGAGAGGGACGGAGACCUACGGCCUCAUCCAGGUGACACUUUUGGACACGGUGGAGCUGGCCACAUACUGCGUCAGGACAUUUGCACUUUAUAAAAAUGGCUCCAGUGAGAAAAGAGAGGUGAGGCAGUUCCAGUUCACGGCCUGGCCGGACCACGGGGUACCCGAGCACCCCACUCCGUUCCUGGCCUUCCUCAGACGGGUCAAAGCCUGUAAUCCCCCAGACGCAGGGCCGAUGGUGGUACAUUGCAGUGCCGGGGUGGGCCGCACGGGCUGUUUCAUCGUGAUCGACGCUAUGCUGGAGCGCAUCAAGCAUGAGAAGACAGUGGACAUCUACGGCCACGUGACGCUGAUGCGCGCCCAGCGGAACUACAUGGUGCAGACGGAGGACCAGUACGUGUUCAUCCACGACGCGCUCCAGGAAGCCGUCACAUGCGGCACCACUGAAGUGCCCGCCCGAAACCUCUACGCCUACAUCCAGAAGCUGACUGGGAUUGAGGGCGGAGAGAACGUCACGGGCAUGGAGCUGGAGUUCAAGCGUUUAGCCAACACUAAAGCCCAUACCUCGCGAUUCAUCAGUGCCAAUCUCCCCUGCAACAAGUUCAAGAACCGCCUUGUGAACAUAAUGCCAUACGAGUCCACGCGAGUGUGUCUUCAGCCAAUCCGAGGGGUGGAAGGCUCCGACUACAUCAAUGCCAGUUUCAUAGAUGGAUACAGGCAACAGAAAGCCUAUAUUGCCACGCAAGGGCCGCUAGCGGAGACGACAGAGGACUUCUGGAGGAUGCUCUGGGAGCAUAACUCCACCAUCGUAGUCAUGCUAACGAAGCUCCGAGAAAUGGGCAGGGAAAAAUGCCACCAGUAUUGGCCAGCAGAGAGGUCGGCCAGAUACCAGUACUUUGUGGUGGAUCCCAUGGCUGAGUACAACAUGCCCCAGUACAUCCUGAGAGAGUUCAAAGUGACUGACGCCAGGGACGGACAGUCACGGACGGUAAGGCAGUUUCAGUUUACAGACUGGCCCGAGCAAGGAGUGCCAAAAUCGGGAGAGGGCUUCAUCGAUUUCAUUGGCCAAGUUCAUAAAACAAAAGAACAGUUUGGCCAAGAUGGGCCUAUAUCUGUCCAUUGUAGUGCUGGUGUAGGAAGGACCGGUGUCUUCAUCACCCUCAGCAUCGUAUUAGAGCGAAUGAGGUACGAGGGCGUGGUGGAUAUCUUCCAGACAGUGAAAAUGCUCCGGACACAGAGACCGGCCAUGGUGCAGACAGAGGAUCAAUACCAGUUCUGUUAUAGAGCUGGUUUGGAAUACCUUGGAAGCUUUGACCACUAUGCAACGUAAGAGUCCCUGUCCCGGAGGAAAAGCAGAAGGCCCUUGGACAACCCCAGCGAGCCUCUCUUCUGAGCCAUAAUUUCCUGCUUGAGAAAGUACUUCUUAACUCCUAACUAAAGACUCAAUUUAGGCCGAGAUUCAAUCAGAUCAAGUGUUAACCGGCGAUAGCAGACACCCGCAUAGCAGAUGUUUUGGCAGUGUUGGAGGUGGAACUGCAUUGGAGUGUCAAAUCGGUGAGCAGCUGCUCUUGCGAUCCUUGUCAUGAAGUCACACCCACCCCACUCACAUUAGAAGUUCAGAGCCAGAAAGUGUAGGCCAUAUGGAAUUAAUUACACUCAAAUAGAAAAAUCAUUAAAGGAAAUAAUGUUUCUAUCAUCAAAAUGGAGGUGUAGAUUUCAUCUCACAUUCCAGUGUUCCAACUUGUAAAACAUACAGGCCAUGGCAAUACGCACUUUAGGUGUAAUGCCGGGAGCCACCUGUGGAUUUGACAGCUCUAACGCAGUUCCACCUCCAACACCGUCAAAACAACCACUACACGGAUGUCGGCUAAAGCGGAUCUGAUUGAAUAGAGCCCUAAGUGUUAGAUGUGAGACACAAAAAUGUCAAAAAAAUCAUAAAGAUUAUUCCUGGAGGACCAAGUGUUUCCCAAAACCCAUGGAACUCAUCCUGACACGGGAAACCGAGAGGGAAUCCUGACUGUUGAAGCAUCUUAUGGAAUUAUUUUUUUUCUGUUGCUUCAAGGAUUCGUCUUGGGUUAAAAAAAAAACUGAAAGAAACACAAACAAAAUAAUAACACAACGUACUAUUACAUCGACAAGUAAUGCAUCAUAUUACGAACCACAAGAGAGAGAAAUGGAGGCACACAGAAUGGCUUAAAACUUGAUACACAUUGUAAAGAGACAUUUCUGUUCCACAAUCAAACGACACAGAGACAUCUAUCCUUUGAAAAAGAAGACACCAGUGCUUGGUCCACUAUGAAAAAAAUACCCCGUUUCCUGUCGCAACGUUCAUCAUUUAAAGAAUUGGGGGGGAAAGGGGGAAUGUUUAAAGAUAUAUGAAACAAAUAAAACCUAUUGAUUUAGUUUUUUAGUACUUUACUAUACAGUUGAUAUGUGCUUUAUUUUAAACUGUGUGAAAUUUGAUUUCCUUUUUUUAACAAAACGUAUCACUCGACAAAGUGAAUCAAACAAAGUAUUUGCGUAAUCGUUCACUUUUCUCUUCCGAGUUGUAUUUUUUUAAGCUGUAGAGCUGUUCUAAUGUAUGCACCGUCAUGCAGAGAAAAGUCUUUGCUCUUUUACUUUUUCUUGCAAAUUUUGGGGGUUUGUUUGUCUCAAUAUGUGCAGUCCUGUAUUCACACUACCAAAUGUUGACUUUGCUACAGUUUUUUUUGAGUUUUGUCUUAUUUGUCCAAUAUCGGAUACACAAUAACUUACUUACACACUCAUGCGAUAAACUGCGGGCUUUGUGGAAUCAACAGGGAUGAGCAAAGUAUGAAGUUGCUGCUACCGAUUAUCUUAGUUCUUCCAUGUUAGAAUGAAGGUAAAGAUGAGCACCUGAUGGAUAAGAUACGUGAUAUAUAGUUAUUUAUGGUAUAUAGAAGAUGACAGAUAUGAAUGAUAUAUUCAUUAUAAUAUGAUCAUGGCCUAUUAACAUAUGUCUACUGAAAUAAAGUACAUAUAUAAAACGAAUGGAUUGUAUAUGAAAGCGUCCAUAAUGAGAUGUCUAUACUUUGGGGGAAAUUAAAAGAUUUUUCACUGGAAUGCACAUCAGUAGGACAAAAUGUAUUCAGUGCAUAUUUUCUUGUGCAAUAAAUAGGUGUAUUAUGAAUAGGGUUCAUGUGGAUACUUUGUUAGUCAUGACAUUGUUGUGGUGAGGCAUGUAGGUGGGGAAGGUGUCACUCGACGUAUCACCAGUGCAUUUAGAUAUGCUCAGAAAGUUUGUAGUUCCAUAGCAGGGGGUCGCUUAGACUAAGUCAAUGUUCCACACACUAGGACAAGGUACAAAGACGUCACUUUCUUCUUGAGGUGUUAAAACGCUCAACAGCGUAACAUGUUUUCAUUUUGCAUUUAGAGUGCCUUAUAUUUCUGUCAGUUUUUUUAUAACGUUCAUUUAACACAUUAUUGUAAUAUUUGAGUAGUCCAUGCAUAUAGUUCAUAUAACUGUACAUUUAAUUUCUAUCUUAAGUAUUCAUUUGUUACAUAAUAUGAAAUUAUAUAUGCAAAUACGUACAUGGCAAGGCUUUCUAUUUUCAGUCCUUCUUGUGGCUCAGUGAAAAUAAUUGUUAAAAAAAUAGCAGAGCAUUCUAUGGGAACGAGACCGAUGUUUACCCCCCCCCAUUCGCAUUGUCCUUUUGUUCUCAUUUCAAGUUCUUAAAUCUAUAAAAAGAUCCAGCACUUAAUUGGGAUAGAUGUAUAUUCAAAGAGAGGCAACCAGUCCAUGUGCAUUUUAAACAAACUAGGACUAUUAAGAAUGUUAGGAAAAUUAAGGGAGUCAAAGCCAAAUGCCUGUUGUCGACAAAGACAUGCAUCAUGGGACAAUUAGCGGAGUCCAUGAGCUUUUACUGACCUUAACAGUGAAAAGCAUUUUCUCUAUUUCCAAUGAGUCAAACGGACUCCAGCAAACGGACACAGUGUAUAGUAUAUAGACACUCAGCCAAAGGAUCCCUUCACUAGGCCUCAGGCUGGAAAGUAUUAGACUGAUACAUGUAUUUGCAAUUAUAAACAGUUGCAGAAAUAUACAAACUGUUGGAACAGUUAGUUACAAAUCUGACAGUACUUAAUUGUGUUUUACUGCUAGUGCGGAAGAUGUACAGUACCAGUCGGAGUUUGGACACACCUACUCAUUCAAGGUUUUUCUUUAUUUGUAUUAUUUUCUACAUUGUAGAAUAAUAGUGAAGACAUCAACACUAUGAAAUAACACAUAUGGAAUCAUGUAGUAUCCCAAAAAUUGUUAAAGAAAUCAAAAUAUAUUUUAGAUUCUUCAAAGUAGCCACCCUUUGCCUUGAUGACAGCUUUGCACACGCUUGACAUUCUCUCAACCAGCUUCACCUGGAAUGCAUUUUCAAAAGUCUUGAAGAAGUUCCCACAUAUGCUGAGCACUUGUUGGCUGCUUUUCCUUCACUCUGCGGUCCAACUCAUCCCAAACCAUCUCAAUUGGGUUGAGGUCGGGUGAUUGUGGAGGUCAGGUCAUCAGAUGCAGGACUACAUCAUUCUCAUUCUUGUUUAAAUAGCCCUUACACUGCCUGGAGGUGUGUUGGGUCAUUGUCCUGUUAAAAAAAAAUCUCUACAGAAUGCUGUGGUAGCCAUGCUGGUUAAGUGUGCCUUGAAUUCUAGAUAAAUCACAGACAGUGUCACCAACAAAGCAGCCCCACACCAUCACACCUCCUCCUCCCUGCUUCACGGUGGGAACCACACAGGUGGACAUCAUCCAUUCACCUAUUCUGUGUCUCACAAAGACACAGCUGUUGGAACUAAAAAUAUAAAAUUUGGACACAUCAGACCCAAGGACAGAUUUCCACCGGUCUAAUGUUCAUUGCUCAUGAUUCUUGGUGCAAGCAAGUCUCUUCUUCUAGUUGGUAUCCUUUAGUGGUGGUUUCUUUGCAGCAAUUCGAACAUGAAGGCCUGAUUCACACAGGCUCCUCUGAAUAGUUGAUAUUGAGAUGUGUCUGUUUCUUGACCUCUGUGAAGCAUUUAUUUGGGCUGCAAUUUCUGUGGCUGGUAACUCUAAUGAAUGUAUCCUCUGCAGCAGAGGUAACUCUGGGUCUUCCUUUCUUGUGGUGGUAGAGAUAGUUUCAUCAUAGUGCUUGAUGGUUUUUGCCACUGCACUUGAAGAAACUUCAAAGUUCUUGAAAUGUUUUCUCUUUGCAUAUUUGAGCUGUUCAUGCCAUAAUAUGGACUUGGUAUUUUACCAUAUAGGGCUAUCUUCUGUAUGCCACCUCUACCUUGUCACAACACAACUAAUUGGCUCAAACACAUUAAGAAGGAAAGAAAUUCCACAAAUGAACUUUUAACAAGGUACACCUGUUAAUUGAAAUGCAUUCCAGGUGACUACCUCAUGAAGCUGGUUGAGAGAAUGCCAAAGUGUGCAAAGCUGUCAUAAAAGCAAGGAGUGGCUACUUUAAAGAGUUUAUUUAACACUUUUUUUGGUUACUAGAUGAGUCCAUAUGUGUUAUUUCAUAGAUUUGAUGUCUUCAAUAUUUUUUCUAAAAUGUAGAAAAUAGUAAGAAUAUAGAAAAACCCUGGAAUGAGUUGGUGUAUCCAACAUUUUUAUUAUUACGUUUUUUGGGUUGAGGACACAACAUAUCAUUUUAACCCCACAUUUAUUUGACCCUCGUGCUCUUUGAUGGCUUUGUGGAUGUGCAUUCCAGGUGCUUUCUUUCCCUUUUUAUUUCAAGCAGCUAAAUUGUUUAGUUUUUUUUUUUAAAUUAGGUGCUUUUUUUCAACUCUUGUCAUAACCGUAUAAAAGUGCUAUUAUUAUUUAACCUCGAUGCCAUAUUGUAUGUACUUAGUUCAAGAGUCUGUGCACAUGAACUGAUCCACAACUUUCAUUUUGUUUUCCCAUCUUGAUUUUUUUUAUUUCAAUUAUGCAUGGUGAAACAUUGCAGAAUGGCUGCAGCCGGCCUAAUAGGAAGAAUUGCACUUUCUUUAUCUUUGUACUAUGCACUGCCCUAUUGAUUCUGAACCCAAUAAUAUAUUACUUGAACCCAUCUGUAAGAAUCUCCUUCAACGUUCACUUUGUGUGUAUGUAAAUAACACAUAAAAAGGAUCGACUUUGAAAAAGACAAAAAAAAAGUUUGUGGCAAAAAAAGCAUCAGUGAUUAUUCCAGAAGACAACUUUCAGAAAUUUGUCCCAACCAUCUGUUAUUAACUAACGUGGCUUCGCCAUUCAAGCUUGGAGUGUCAUUACAGAAAUAAACGUUGUGUUCUCUUUGCUCUCUCUAUCUAUCUCUCGUCUGGAUGCAUAGACUGAAAUUAAUUCAUGAAAUUGUAAAAAAAAAAGGCUUGUUAAAAAGAAUCAUACAAUUACCUCUUAUUAGUUGUAAGUGUAAACCGUUUUUUUUUCUGAAUGAAAGAAGUGCUUUUUAUUUUCUUAAUUAGGUUACAUUGGUGGCGAAAGAAGUCUGUAUGAAAAUCAGUUCUUUGCUGACACAAGUUCCAUUUGUUAUAAAUGAAUUCUAUUAAAAAAGUCAGUGUUAUGCA